UUCACUCUCGGGGUGAUGGUAAGAGAUUCCCUAGCGUUGGGCCUGGAGGCGUCGUUCUGCCCAGAGGUCUCCGAGCCCGGGACAGCCCCUUGCCUCUGUCCUUCCAUCUGCCCCUUUGGACCUUCUGCGGCCCGCAGGGCCCCUCGCCAGGCCUGGCUCCUGCCGGCCUCCAUGUGGCCUCUCGUCAGCCCGUGUGUCCCUCUCGCCCUGCCCAGAGUGCUUGGGUCCCGGGCGUCCGUGCCCGGCCUCCUCUUCUCUGUCUCGAAGCUCUGUCCACUGCGAGCCUGCUGGCCUCCUGGGCCUCCUUGCCCUUCGCAUCUUCGCGUGCGCUGUGCCCUCGGCCUGCCGUCCUGCCGGCCUCUGGUCAGACUCAUGCAUUCUCCUUUAACAAGACACCUGCAGAAAAAACUUUCAGGCCACCCCAAUAUUGUCCAGUUUUGCUCUGCAGCGUCGAUAGGGAAGGAGGAAUCGGACACCGGGCAGGCCGAGUUCCUGCUGCUCACGGAGCUCUGCAAAGGGCAGCUGGUGGAAUUUUUAAAGAAAGUUGAGUCCAAAGGUCCACUCUCGUGCGAUACCGUCCUGAAGAUAUUCUAUCAGACGUGCCGGGCGGUGCAGCACAUGCACAAACAAAAGCCGCCCAUCAUCCACAGAGACCUCAAGGUUGAGAACCUCCUGCUGAGUAACCAGGGGACCAUCAAGCUGUGUGACUUCGGCAGCGCCACGACCAUAUCCCAUUACCCGGACUACAGCUGGAGCGCCCAGCAGCGGGCCCUGGUGGAGGAGGAGAUCACCAGGAACACGACGCCCAUGUACAGGACCCCGGAGAUCGUGGACUUGUACUCCAACUUCCCCAUCGGCGAGAAGCAGGACAUCUGGGCCCUGGGCUGCAUCCUGUAUCUGCUCUGCUUCCGGCAGCACCCGUUUGAAGACGGGGCAAAGCUGCGCAUCGUCAACGGGAAAUACGUGAUCCCUCCGGACGACACGCGCUACUCUGUGUUCCACGGCCUCAUCCGCUCCACGCUCAAGGUCAACCCGGAGGAGCGGCUGUCCGUCACAGAGCUGGUGAACCAGCUCCAGGAGAUCGCAGCCGCCCGGAACGUGAACCCCAAGUCGCCCAUCACCGAGCUCCUGGAGCAGAAUGGAGGCUGUGGGAGCGCAGCCCCUCCCACGGGCUCCGCGGGCAGCGGCUGCAGUGGAGGCCUGGCGGUGGCUGAGUACGACCAGCCCUACGGGGGGCUCCUGGACAUCCUGCGUGGGGGCACUGAGCGCCUCUUCACCAACAUCAAGGACACCUCCUCCAAGGUCAUCCAGUCCGUUGCCAGUUACGCGAAGGGAGAUCUGGACAUUUCUUACAUCACGUCCAGAAUCGCAGUGAUGUCCUUCCCGGCGGAAGGCGUGGAGUCGGCCAUCAAGAACAACGUAGAGGACGUGCGGCUGUUUCUGGACUCGAAGCACCCGGGCCGCUACACCGUCUACAACCUCUCCCCGAGGACGUACAGGCCCUCCAGGUUCCACAGCCGGGUCUCUGAGUGCGGCUGGGUGGCCCGGCGGGCUCCGAGCCUGCACAGCCUGUACAGCCUGUGCAGGAGCAUGCACGCGUGGCUCCGCCAGGACCCCAAGAACGUCUGCGUGGUGCACUGCAUGGACGGCAGAGCUGCAUCCGCCGUGGCCGUCUGCUCCUUCCUGUGCUUCUGCCGGCUCUUCAGCACCGCAGAGGCUGCCGUGUACAUGUUCAGCAUGAAGCGCUGUCCGCCCGGCAUCUGGCCGUCCCACAAGAGGUACAUCGAGUACGUGUGCGACAUGGUGGCGGAGGAGCCCAUCACGCCACACAGCAAGCCGGUCCUGGUCAAGGCCGUGGCCAUGACGCCAGUGCCGCUCUUCAGCAAGCAGAGGCACGGCUGCAGGCCCUUCUGCGAGGUCUACGUGGGGGACGAGCGCGUGGCCACCACGUCCCAGGAGUACGACAAGAUGAGGGACUUCAGAGUCGAGGAUGGCAAGGCGGUCAUCCCCCUGGACGUGGCGGUGCAGGGCGACGUGCUCGUCGUCAUCUACCACGCCAGGUCCACCCUGGGAGGGAGGCUGCAGGCCAAGGUGGCCUCCAUGAAGAUGUUUCAGAUCCAGUUCCACACGGGGUUCGUGCCUCGGAACGCAACCACUGUGAAGUUCGCAAAGUAUGACCUGGACGCCUGCGAUAUUCAGGAGAAGUUCCCGGACCUGUUCCAGGUGCACCUGGAGGUGGAGGUGGAGCCCAGAGACAGGCCCAGCCGCGAGGCGCCCCCCUGGGAGAGUACCAGCAUGCGGGGGCUGAACCCCAAAAUCCUGUUUUCCAGUCGGGAGGAGCAGCAGGACGUUCUGUCUAAGUUUGGGAAACCAGAGCUGCCCCGGCAGCCGGGCUCCACUGCGCAGUAUGAGGCCGAGGGCCCCGGGCCAGACCUGCCACACAGCAGCGCGGACGCCAACCACUUCCUGCACACACUGGACUGGCAGGAGGACAGGGACGCCACGACAGGCUCGGAAGGCCACCCGGCCAAAGAGGACCCGCCUGCUGCGGCCGAGGGUGGACGUGAGAGUGAGCCGUCUGACGAGGAGGCCACGACGCUCUCGGCCGAGAGUGGGGACACGGCUGAUGAGGACGCGCCGGGCCCGGCCGCGCCGCCAGAGGACAGCGUGGACCUCCUGGGGCUGCAUGCCGAGGCGGGGCCUGCCCCGUGCCCGCAGGCCCGCGGGGGGCCCCCCAGCAACGCGGACCUGCUCAGCUGCCUCCUGGGGGCCCCGCCGGCUGCUCCAGCGGGCGCCACAGGCGGUCUGCUGGAAGGGGACGCGUCCUUGCUCUUCUCCAGCCCAGCCCCUCCUCCCAGCGCUCCGACGGCGCCUCGCGAGGCUUCCGCCCCGGCUGCUGACCCGUUCGACCCUCUCCUGCUGCCGUCUGACCCAGUCUCCCAGCCCUGCUCCAGGCCUGACCUCUUUGGGGAAUUUCUGACCUCAGACUCUCCGGCUGGCCCUCCCGCGUCCUUCCCCUCCACCCACAGCGCCCCACCCCCGGCCUGCAGCUCCGACUUCCUGCGUCUGGGGGACCUGCCGACAGAGCCCAGCAGGGUGACGGCCUCCACCAGCCACCCAGAUCUGCUAGGAGGAUGGGACGCCUGGGCCGAGGCUUCGGCUUCCGCGUCGGCCACAGAAGGCCCCUUCUUCUCUCCCGGAGGCCAGCCGGCCCCUCCUGGCCCCCCGGCCAGCCAGCCCCAGUCUCAGAGCCAGGACCCGUUUGCUGACCUCGGUGACCUCAGCUCCAGCCUCCAAGGUUCGCCUGCUGCACCUGCUCCUGGGGGCUUUGGUCCCAAAACAGGACCCCCUCCCAAGGCCAGCGGCUCCUGGCAGACAAGUCGGCCCUCGGCCCAGGGCACCUCCUGGCAUCCCCAGGCCAGGCCACCCCCCAAAGCCAGUGCACAGCCAAGGCCCAACUACACGCCCGGCUUCAGCGUGAUCGGCAGCCGGGAGGAGAGGGGGGUCCGCGCCCCUGGCUUUGGUCCGAGGCCGCGGGUGUCAGAGAACGACUUUGAGGACCUGCUGUCCAGCCAGGGCUUCUCCUCCCGCGCCGACCGGAGGGGGCCGAGGACCGUGGCCGAGAUGAGGAGACAGGACCAGGCCCGAGACGCCGACCCGCUCAAGCUGAAGCUCCAGGACUGGACGGAGGGCAAGGAGAGGAACAUCCGCGCCCUGCUGUCCACGCUGCACACCGUGCUGUGGGACGGCGAGAGCCGCUGGACGCCCGUGGGCAUGGCCGACCUGGUGACGCCCGGCCAGGUGAAGAAGCAGUACCGCCGUGCCGUGCUAGUGGUCCACCCGGACAAGGCCCAGGGGCAGCCCUACGAGCAGCACGCCCGCCUGAUCUUCAUGGAGCUGAGCGACGCCUGGGCCGAGUUUGAGAGCCAGGGCUGCCGGCCCCUCUUCUGAGCCUGGGGGCCAGGGCUGCUGGGCCUCGUGGAGCCGGGAGCUGCUGGCUGGACCCUGGGGGCCGCCCCAUGGCCGUGGCGACGUGGGCGGCCCGGCUCCCCCCGGCCCCCAUGGCGCGCCCGUCGCGCUCGGUGAGAAGAGAAGCAUUCCAGCGCCUCCAGGCCUCCCCUUGUCCGCUGUGGUCCCUGAGGAGCCGUGUCGAUGCACGCUCUUGCCACGUGUCGCAGUCUGAUUUCUGCUCGGCGGCCGUCCCCUGGGGCGCGUCCCCUGCGCAGGUCGUGCUGCUCAGCUGUCCUCCCGAGUCCGUUUGUGCACGUCCAUGUACCUGCUGUAACCAGCCUGGUGGCACCUGUACAUAAUUAAACUAUUUUCUGACA